AUGAGUCAUAGGCAGGAUUUCCUCUUUACUUACAUGGGUGGAGAUCCUGCAGCUCAUGGCUGUACUUCUACCAAAGAUGCUUCUUCUUCACCAUCAAUCUCAGGGGUUGUUGUCAAUGUGACGCGACCCUCCUUUAUUUGCAACACAAGGCAUGCUCUCGAAGCCUCGAACUGGCUCUCAGGAGAAAACGGAAGCUCAAAAGCAGUCCCAAUCAUCUACAAGGCAGCCCUGCACGCCUAA